ACCACGCGGGAUCCCCAAACCCUGUGUGGUCCCCAAACUAUGUGGGGUCCCCAAACCUUGCACGUUUGUGACUUUCCGGCCGCCCCGUGCAGAUCUCAGGAAGCAGGCGAGGCAGCUGGAGAACGAGCUCGACCUGAAGCUGGUCUCCUUCAGCAAACUCUGCACCAGCUCCAGCAGCGCCCGAGACGGGAGGCGCGACAGCUCUGAUACAACUCCUCUCUUAAAUGGAUCGAGCCAGGACAGAAUGUUUGAAACCAUGGCUGUGGAGAUCGAGCAACUUCUGGGAAAGCUUACUGGAAUAAAUGACAAAAUGGCAGAAUACACAAAUAGUGCAGGAGUCCCGUCCCUGAACGCUGCACUGAUGCAUACGUUACAGCGUCAUAGAGACAUAUUGCAGGAUUACACGCACGAAUUCCACAAAACCAAAGCGAACUUCUUGGCGAUACGAGAAAGGGAGAACCUGCUGGGAUCAGUACGAAAAGAUAUCGAAUCGUACAAAAGUGGGUCUGGAGUGAAUAACAGAAGAACAGAACUAUUCCUGAAGGAGCACGAACACCUUCGAAACUCAGAUCGACUGAUAGAAGAAACAAUAAGCAUUGCCAUGGCAACUAAAGAAAAUAUGACUUCGCAGAGAGGGAUGUUGAAGUCAAUACAAAGCAAGAUGAAUACCUUGGCGAAUCGGUUUCCAGCAGUCAACAGCCUGAUUCAAAGGAUCAACCUUCGGAAACGACGAGAUUCUCUCAUCCUGGGCAGCAUUAUUGGCAUCUGUACCAUCUUACUGCUGCUAUACGCUUUUCAUUGAUGGAUGUUCCCCCAUGGACUCUGCCAGACUCAUCACCACCAUCCCUCCUCCCAGUCAAGGAGAAGUGAGUGGGGGAAGCGACAGACUUCAACCAGCCUGCGCCUUCUGGCUGGGAGUAUCAGCAUGAUGUCUAGAGCUUGUGAUGGUAGACUGCAACACCGGGUUUGGGUUGAAGCUGCAGUGUUUCUCUUCCCCUGCCAUACAUCUUCCUUUGGUUAAAUUUUGUGGGAUUUGUUUGUCUUUAAUUCCCUUUCUCACUGCAAGGUAAGUAAAUACGGGAUGCUUACCAGAACCUGUAGAGCAGUUUCUGUACUUAGCAGUGCUGGGGAGGUCUGUUGGUGGC